AAUUAGUUCGAGCGACGCAAGGCGGGUGGGGUAUUCGGCUCCCCAAUGGCACCUGGACUGGAAUGAUCGCCAUGAUGAUCAAGAAGGAAAUCGACUUCGCCCUGGGUCCCUUCGGUGUGAGCGGAGACCGAGCAUCUGUGGUGGACUUCAGCACUCCUUUGUUCGUCGAUAAGCAAAUCAUCAGUUACAGCCGACCGAAAUUGGAACCUGAUCUUCUGGGUUUUAUCAGGCCUUUUGAUACAUUGAUGUGGCUUUUGAUAUUUUUGGCGUUCAUCCUCGUCGUCCUCUCGGCCUGCGGGAUUCUAUUGGCCCGAAAGCUUCUCGGCCGUCGAGAGGAGAACCGAGAAUUCCGUCACCCAUCGGAGGAAGAUUUAUCCGAGAUGCCAAUCCUCUACAUAACAUGGAUCUACGGGAUUCUUCUCGGCCAAUCCUUCAGCGUCCUCAAUAAGAACAAUACUACAUGGAUGUUAGUGGGCAUUUGGUUAGUGGCUACCUUCAUCAUAGGUACUGUCUAUAAAAGCAACCUUAAGGCAAUGCUGAUCAUCCCGAAGGUCAACAUCCCUUUCAAUAAUUUAGAGGAGUUGGUAAACCAAAAUGACGUCCCCUUUAUCCUGAUGGGAGGAUCCCUCGUUCACACGACUUUCAUGGAAGCUGAACAGGGAACGCUGUUCGCAAGGGCAUACGAAAAAUCCUCAGGUGUCACAUGGACCUACAACGAAGGUCUCAGAAAAAUCUUGCAGGAAAAGUUCGCAAUCAUCGUGGACUACACGACCAUCAUGAAUAUCUUGCAUAGUUUCUUUUCAAAGACAACUCAAUGUCCUCUGUGGCUGACUAAGGAGGGAAUCAUGAGUUAUAUGCUGAGUGUCAGUUUUCCAAAGCAUUCUUCUCUGAAAGACAGGUUUGACCCAGUUAUAAUCCGCCUGCGGGAAGGAGGCAUCCUGGAUCUGCUGCUUAAGAAACAAACUACCAAUGCCACCUACUGUCUGCUGCCACCGGGGUCGGAAGCCCCUGAAAAUAAUGCUCUCCAGGUGCGGGACAUGUAUGGCGUCUUCUCGCUCUUUCUCUUAGGUGUUGGCCUCUCUCUCAUUGCCUUCUUGGGUGAGCUGAUAGUAGGCUGUGGAAAGAAGAGGAGCUGCAGUUUCAGGUUGAAUGACAGUGCUGAGACAAGUACAACAAGAGAUGAAAUUAGGUAUGAUAUCCAUGGAUAAUGUGUGCUGAUGGAACCCGUAUCAAGUUCUCACAGGAAGAGUGAUAUUCUUACGAUUCUACAGAACUGACAUCGACUGGGAACAGAAAAGAAUAGCAACUACACUAAUAAUAUACUCGUAGAUGAAUUCCUGUCUCGAUUCAGGCAUUUCCUUUUCCAUGUGCUAAUUUGUCAAACCAAAUUCAGGUAGUGUUCUAAAAGCUUAUGUUUUGAGGACAAGAGCUUAAUGUGUGAUUUGCUCAUAAGUUUUUUAUUAUUAUGAUUAUAAUUAAAUUAAGGAAUAUUUACAAGAUAAUUACGCAAAUCUUUAGAUAUAUCUAAGGCCUUUUGUGAGACUGAACAUCGA